ACUGACUGCACACACACACACACACACACACACACACACACACACACACACACACACACACACACACACACACACACACACACACAAAGUUCCAUUGUUUUAAUGUAAUGAGUAUUUAGCAGGAGAGAGAAUAUUGGGAGGCACUUUGAACUUAAACAGCUCUGAUCUUAAUUUCUUGCAGACUAAGCUCCAGAACUUCAUACGUCAGAAAGCUUUUAAGAUGCAAGAGCUUUUCAGGAGCUUACACUCACUCACAGACUGAGUUUGACAGUACAUGGACAAUCCUACACACAACUGUCAAAAGAAAGAAGUGAUGCUGGGGGUCGCUGUCCAGGGACUUGUGAUGAAAGUCAAACAUGAAAGAGCUCUAUACCAAAGGGUCCGCACAACCUCCACGGCAUGUGACCGAGGUCAAAGGAAGCAGCUGAGGCCACAGCGGGGGUGUGCUGCUCUUUCCUAUUAACCCGUACACACAAACAAAGACCGCAUAUACAUUAUCAUGCACACACACAAUGAGUCCACAUGUACUCACUCUUUCUGCACUCACAUGUCUGUGUCACCAAUGUAGCCGCGAGCUAUAAGGCUGUGUUGUGACAAAGGCGAAGGCUCUGGGGGGUUGGAGCUCAUAGCAGGAAGCUAGGGGUCGUGGCCUGUCCUUGACCCUCCACCGGACACUGAUCACUUCAACAGAUAGAGGACGAUAGAGAGCAAAAAGGGAAGCCACACGUUAAAGGAUUAAAUGGAAAAAAUUAUUUUUAAAUCCCAUGAAGGUAAUCAAAUGCAUUGAUUAAUGGUUUAGAUUGUGACAAGUGAAAAUAUUAGGUGAUACAUGACAACUGAGUGAUUAAACUCGACACUGCAAAAGGCCACAACCAAAAAUAAGUUCACUGGGAGAAAUACGAUCGUUAAAUGAGGUUGAAAGCUCUGGAAAAAGAAGCAAGUUUGAAGUUCUUUAGCAAGAUAAAUGGACAUUAGUAAGCAUUGUCAUCAUAUGUGUUUCAGUUUCUUUUGUCAUUUGUGCCUCUUUUCAAACACAUUUAUUUUUUUCCUUUUCCUGAGUGAAAAGUAUUACAAAAAGGAAUGAAAAACACAUGUAGCAUACAAAUAUGGAUACACACAUCGAUACAGCUUUUAAAAAACUUGCAAGCAAUAGUAAAUGUUAUCCAAAAGGCGCAUUUACGAGAGUAUGACUACCGAGGUAUGACAAUUAAAAUAGUUUGUGGCAUCAUGUGCAGAAAAAAAAGCAAUUAUAUGACUAUAAGUUAGAUACAAAUAUAUGUAGAGAAAUUUUAAAAAAACUGAAAACUACCAAUUAAGCCAGUGUUAAGGAUGUGUCUGGUAUUCUAUGUUUUUCUUACUGUCAAUAAUGCCCAUGAAAAGAUUUUGCUGUUCAAUGAACACCCAGUGUAGUGUUUUGUUUUGUGGUGACCUCCUCUCCUGAUUAAAAUCUAUCCUAUCGAAAAGACAUAGUGAGCAACAUGAUUGCACUGGGUCUCACAACUGCUGUCAUUUCUUUUGGCUCACUGUCCAAGUAGUCCCCACCAAUGCACUAAUCUCUCCUGCUGGUUAGGAACUGAUCUGUCCAACUGUCUAUUGUAAAUUAAAAAUGUAAGCCAGACACAAACUAACGUACCACUGGUUGGUUUUGUGUUGGUGGCACCUCAAUUUGCUGAACGGUUCAAACACUGUAAACUUCUGUCAUGACACACUUUGCCCUCCACAGUGUACAUAUGUCCACUAAAGUGCUGUCCAUCCUGCUCAGUUCAGUCACAGAUCAAAUGGUCAAUAGCUGUGAUCAGGGUGGCCGGCCGUCUGAUGAGCCCAUCGACCCCUGAGCCCCACAGAGACAUGGAGAAUAUAACUGUUCCAAUUCAUAGCGGCCCCACAUGUGGCGACAGGUCCGGGGUGCCGUGGAACAAGCGGGCCUUCUGAGGCCUCCACGGCUCUCGCAAGAUCGAUCUGCUUUACUGAGGCCAAGUGCAAGCCAGCAAUGGUAAUGCCCUGUCGAUAUGAGCACACUGGGGACAUAUGAUGACAGAGCUGUGGCAUGGGAGGGUGGAAGUAUCCAUUUCUACUACGCCUGCAGCCACUCAUCUGCCUUUAUCUGUCACAAGCUGUUAUACUGACCCAACCACAACACGUGCUUUUGAAAGUGCUGCAUAAGGAAGUGGGCUUUUAUUUCAGUUUAAUUCCAGAGAUAGAAGAACAGCUAGCAAUGGCAUGCUGAUAUAGGUUUCAUCUAUGAAUAAUUGUCGCCACUCAAGAAAAAGAAAUUUUAUUCAUAAAUCAGCUGCAGCUUCUGAGGUUUUCCCUCCUUUUCCUGACUGAUUUGUCCACAAAAAGCCUGUUAUAAUAGUUUAAAACCUGAUGAAAAGAAGGAAGUUUAAAUCUUUUAAUCAGUCUAAAUUUAACCUUUUUUUAGUUUCCACUUACAUGAAAAGAAGACAUAAAGUAGACACUACAUGAGGUGGUCCUUUCAUUAGGCUGCAGCAUAGAAACUAGCACUUUCCUUAAGAAAAAUUCUAUCCAGAUUAACGUGAUGAAGAUUUUGUAGAAUAGCAUAUAAAUGUUUCUAGCAGUGUUACAGGAAUGUUAUUGUGUGGGUCCAUUUAGUGUGAGCCUCAGAGAAAGUAAUAAGUGGAUGGCAACCAAGUAUAUUUAGUCAAGUUAAGUCGGUGUUAUUUAUAUGCAUUACAAGUUUAAAUAAUAAUAUGAAACAUGUCCUAAUUCAUUUUUUUCUUAUGCUUUUGUUGCCCUUAUCCAAUUUCUGAGUCAUGCAUGUGCCAAUACCAUUUUCCUCCGUAAGCUUCACUCCACGUAGAUUAACAUCAGUACCUGUUUGCACCACCGGGUGGAACCUCAUGCUGUUUAACACUAUAGCAACCUGAGAAGACAGUCAUUUAGCAUAGGGACAGUUUCAUGUUGGUGAGUUGAGAGCUAUGAUAGGUGUCAAUGGGCCACCAUGACAGAUUUUUGUAACGCUUAAUGGUCUCUAGUCAGAGUUCAUUAUAUUAAAACAAGUCCAUAUCAAUGGCAGAUAUACUUAAACAACCUUUGUGGCCCAUAUCAUUGACAUAACAGCAAUAUCAGCACAGAACAGAUGACCACUGUCCUUAUUUUGUGUCAUUUGUUAAUUAAUUAUUUAAUCAUUUCUGUCAAAAAUGCCUUCAUCUCCAAGAUUUGGAUCAGGAUCAGGACAUCUCAAGUUAGGAUCGCACAGUAUUAUAAACAGAAAAUGUAAAUUUAGUUGCCUAAAUUAAAUCAUUUAGUAUAAGACCCUAUAAUAUUAUAUAUAAAAAUACAAACUUGUCUCAAUAAAUUUAGUAUUAAAGUGAAAAGCCUACGAUACUAUUUAUUGUACAGAUUUUCCUGAGUAAUUAAAAAAAAAAAAAAGGUUAAGACCCUGUUUACUCGAGAACAGUUAUGGGGAAGCUUUACCCAAGCCUUUAUUUUUCAUGCUAUUUUACACCUCUAUUCCACUACAGUUGAGAGCAGAUUGUUGUUUGUUUUAAUUAAUUUAACAUGUAUUGUUCCUUUACAAGUUUUACGUACACAUACAAACAUAUGAUGAGCUUACUUAAUGUAACUUCAUUAAGGAAUACCCAGUACAUUACAUGGUUAAAUGAGCAGUUAGCUCCAUGUGGACCGACUGUGGAAGUAAAAUGCUACUUAUUCAAUAGAUAACUUAACAGUCUAGCAGGUUACAGAGAUUUUUAUUCGUUUUAUUUUAUUUUAUCACAGGGCCUGUGGCAGACUUGAAAAGUAGGGUUCGUUUCCUGUUUACCUCAUUUCCAUGACAACCCUGGAACCGGUCAGCAAAACAAGAAACGGUGGACGUGGGAGAUGUAAGAAAAAGUUUAAUAUUUCAAGCUUAAAGGUUGUAUUUUCUAAGUCUACACUCAUUCUGUACACUGGUUGAGCUAGCUGCUUAGCAGGCUAGAGUGUCAUUUAAAGAGCCGUAUUGAACUUUUCAUGGUAGAAGUUGUUGGGACGAACUUCGCCGUGGGCUAAACUUUUCACGGCAGAAAUGACGACAAUUUUAAAACACAGGAAAAAAUCCCGUCGAGCUCCGCCAGGCAGCCGGAAGUUGCCAGGUAUUUGUACAGGAAGCCCAGAGAAGCUGCAGGUGAACGGAGAGGAUGUGUCAGCACUUCAUGUGGCCUGCCUUUAUGGCCAGCUGGCUACUGUUCAGCUCCUGGUGGACUCCAAGUUGGAGUGGAUCAACAGCCGUGGCUCCAGAGGUUGUCGGCCCCUUCACAUAGUCCUGACCUCCAAGAGCUCCGCAACCUCCGCCUGCCUCAGAUACCUGCUGGAGCACAAGGCUGAUGUCAACGCUACCGACGACUCAGGCCAGACCCCACUGCACCUGGCCGCCUCUGAGGGCCUCCUCGACUGCGUGGAGAUGCUCGUGGAGGCCGGAGCAGAUGUGUUGCUCAAGGACAGCAUAGGACUCAUGCCUCUGGACUUUGCCCGCAUCUGGUGCCACAGGACGGUAGCAAGGUAUCUGAAAAGCUGCAUGUGGCAGGUAGAGAAGAAGAAGGAAAUGGAGGAGAGAAAGCUUGCUCAAGUCUUGUACAGGGAUCUUGUGGAUAUGGCUGAGCAGAAUAAACUUAACGAAAAGACACGUGAGGGGAAGAUGGCAGAGUGGGCAAACAAGAAAGGUUUGCCCCCCCUAAAGGAUUUCUCCUCCAGGACUGAGGUGACCAAGUAUCAUACUCAGUGCCUCUUACCAAACAAGAGCAGCUCUAAUCCAAAACACUCCACGGGUCUGUGUAAGCCUGGACACCCUCAACAGGACAGGAAGACCACCACUAAGCAACCUGCAGCUUCAUCCCCCGGGCCCUGGACCAUCUUCACGGGCCUCCAGCCAGAGAAACCCCCCACAGAGCCCGACCUUCAGGACAGUGUCACAUUAAGGAGGGACAAAAACAGCAGGCUACUUCAGUAUACCACCAAGUGGAACGACAAGCCUCAGCCGACUCCUAAGCUGCCUCUGGAUGUCCUUGAGAGGGUGUUGUUCCCCAGAGCCUUCCCCUCCAGGAUCGCCUCCCCUCAGCAAUUUAAGCCACAGAACAUCGCAGAGGUCCCGCAUCGAAGGAGACCUCAGGGGCAAAGCACCUCUCCAUGGACGAAGGUGGCCAUGCAUCUGGCUGAGGUGCUGGAGCCUGGACACUACUGACCCUCCAAAUCUGUACGGAUGGGGCUUCUACUAGAUCUGAAACUAGUGGAUGGGUGUAGAAGAAAUGCAUUAAAACUCAACUGGUAGUCAAAUGAUCUGAAAUGUUUUCAAUUUUUAAACGUAAAAUGCAUUCGUAGUUUUAAAAAAAUUAGGAAAACUAUGUAUAAAUUAAUCAGAUGUCUAGUUGUCUUAUCAAAAGUUUUAGCACAUAUAAAAUAUUAAAACUUCCCUUUUGAAAUAUCCAUUAAUUCCUCAACCUUUGCUCAAAGUGACAAAUUAAUUAGAAUGCCCACCUUGCCUGCUCCAACCAGUUAAAUUGCAGUUUACAUUCAUGUCAAUAACAUAUAUAGUGAAGACUGAGAUGUUUAGGUUCAUUGAGAGAAUAAAUAGAGUGAAGUUCCAUGUCUGUGUUCACAUGCUGGGUCAAUAAAGCCGAUUCUGAUAAAACACAAGUUGUAGCCAUGACCACAAACGAGUCUUCAAAAUGGAUGUCGCUGCAAAAAUGCGAUAUAUUCUAAAACAUGGAAGCUUCACAUACAUCUACAGUCCAGCAGCAUAGAAAAUCUUCAAUCACCACGGUUUCAAGGGGCAAACAAAACCAGUAUCACCAGUUCAGUAUCUGACAAAAUGGAAGAUAUGGCUAAAAACACACACCCUGCUUUUGUAGGUGACCUCUCACCACCAAAUUGUAAUAAAAUCACCCUUUAGUUUUUAAGUGGAUGUUUAUACGAGAUGUAAGGAAAUUCCUCCAGGUGUUCUCGUUUACACGAAUGGGACGGAGAGACAACCUGAAACAUUACGCCCUUGGCCAUGGCUGUGCCAGCAUGGAGGUAUAAAAACACCACAUUGUCCAGAAGCUGCACCCACAAAAGCAGGGUGAACAGAGGGGUGAGCGAAAGGUGAGAAAACCUCAGUGAACUGGGUCACCUGUCACAGAUGUAUCCGUGCACUUUCACUGAUCUCCCCCAGGGAACUGAAUCAGGAUCCAGGUGAGGGCUUGUCAACAGCAUGCGAGUGUGAACUAAAGCUGUGGCCUGUCAGCUGAAGAUGCAUAUGUGUGUGCUUGUUUUUUUUUUUUUGUCUUUUCCUUGACUUCAUGAAGCACUUCACACCUCAGUGGGGGUCAAAGUAUACACUGGCAUUAACCUGGUGUAACCUCUGUGACCAAACCACAUGAGACAUUGAAAACAUCGCAUCAGCCAGCUCAAUAGUCUAACACACACACAAAAUCCUUCAUAGAUAAAAUUUAAUCGUGACAGGCUGCAUUAACUUGAUUUAAUUGGAAAUGAUGAAGAUCAGUAGCUCUAUUUUUGCCUUCAUUUCCUUGAAACACCAAUCUGUGAAAAGACCCAUUUAAUCCAGGACUUAUUUCAACAAAAUCUUUUAUUACACAGUCGUGUGCAUACCAGCCUAUGAUGAAUCACACUGAGUAAUUGGUAAAAAGGAUUUCAGCCUCCUCUAUGCAUCUCUCAUAAAAGCACUUUGAGCAGCUUUUGUCCCUCAACACCAGUAAGCUUUAAAAAAAAACUCAUUGCACAGGUUUGAUCUUCAGAAGUGUUUACAUGUGCAGUUCAUGUCAGGUUUUCUCUUGGAUCGAUGUACAAAAAUCAGUUUGUUAUUACUAUGAAUUCUUACAAACAGUCCAAAAAAAAGAC